UCGGGCUACCCUUCCCAGGGGCUCCAGGAUGGACUUGUGCCACCCAGACCCCACGGAGCUGAGCAGCGGGGAGACCGAGGAGCUGCAGCGGAUCAAAUGGCACCGGAAGCAGCUGCUGGAGGACAUCCAGAAGCUGAAGGACGAGAUCGCAGAUGUGUUUGCCCAAAUUGACUGCUUUGAGACGGCGGAGGAGAGCCGGCUGGCCCAGAAGGAGAAGGAGCUCUGCAUCGGCCGCAAGAAGUUCAACAUGGACCCCGUGAAGGGCAUCCAGUACCUUACUGAGCACAAGCUGCUGGCCCCCGACGUCCAGGACAUCGCCCAGUUCCUGUACAAGGGGGAGGGCCUCAACAAGACGGCCAUCGGCACCUACCUGGGAGAGAGGGACCCCAUCAGCCUGCAGGUGCUCCAGGCCUUCGUGGACUGCCAUGAGUUCGCCAACCUCAACCUGGUCCAGGCCCUCAGGCAGUUCCUAUGGAGCUUCCGGCUGCCGGGUGAGGCCCAGAAGAUUGACCGGAUGAUGGAGACCUUUGCCACACGAUACUGCCUCUGCAACCCUGGAGUCUUCCAGUCCACAGACACCUGCUACGUCCUGUCCUUCUCUAUCAUCAUGCUCAACACCAGCCUGCACAACCCCAACGUGCGGGACAGGCCGCCCUUCGAGCGCUUCGUGUCCAUGAACCGCGGCAUCAAUGACGGCAGCGACCUGCCCGAGGAGCAGCUGCGGAACCUCUUUGAUAGCAUCAAGAGCGAGCCCUUCUCCAUCCCUGAGGACGACGGCAACGACCUCACGCACACCUUCUUCAACCCGGACCGCGAGGGCUGGCUGCUGAAGCUGGGGGGCCGCGUGAAGACGUGGAAACGGCGCUGGUUCAUCCUGACGGACAGCUGCCUCUACUACUUCGAGUUCACCACUGACAAGGAGCCCCGGGGAAUCAUCCCCCUCGAGAACCUCUCGGUGGAGAAGGUGGACGACCCCAAGAAGCCGUUCUGCCUGGAGCUCUACAACCCCAGCUGCCGGGGCCAGAAGAUCAAGGCAUGCAAGACGGACGGCGACGGCAAGGUGGUGGAGGGCAAGCACCAGUCGUACCGGAUCUCGGCCGCCAGCGCAGAGGAGCGGGACCAGUGGAUCCAGGCCAUACGAGCCAGCAUCACCCGUGUCCCCUUCUACGACCUGGUCUCUGCUCGGAAGAAGAAGAUUGCCAGCAAGCACUGAGCUUCCUGGGAGGUGGUGCUGGGGGCCAGCGUCCUGGGAACACCAUGACCUGUGGGACCUGGAGACCCACCUCCCCCCACAGGGCACCUUUCCUGGCCCGCAGACAUCCUCCCCGCCCCCGUACUUCGAGCUGACAGGAGAGGGGAGGCAGGGCUCAGGAGGGAGGCAGAACCACCGAGGGCUCAGAGCCCGCAGUGAGGCCCCUGGCCCUCGGCACCCAGCCGC